GCCGGGAGCUCGCGCCCUCGCCCAGGCGAGCUCCCACCCCCCCCUUUUUCCCGAAGGCGCUGGGCGGCGCCACCCUCCGGCCGGAGCCCGGCACUGCACAACCCCCUCCGACUUUCAAUGUUCCACACUCCCCGGCCAGAGCCUCCUCGGCUUCUUUUUUUCCCUCCCCCCCCUUUUCCCCCCCCCCAGCUGCCUCCAUUUCCUUAAGGAAGGGUUUUUUUCUCUCUCCCUCCCCCACACCGUAGCGGCGCGCGAGCGGGCCGGGCGGGCGGCCGAGUUUUCCAAGAGGUCACUUCACCAAGAUGUCCAGUGAUAGGCAGAGGUCCGACGAUGAGAGCCCCAGCACCAGCAGUGGCAGUUCAGAUGCGGACCAGAGAGACCCAGCCGCUCCAGAGCCUGAGGAACAAGAAGAAAGAAAACCUUCUGCCACCCAGCAGAAGAAGAACACCAAACUCUCUAGCAAAACCACUGCUAAGUUAUCCACUAGUGCUAAAAGAAUUCAGAAGGAGCUAGCUGAAAUAACCCUUGAUCCUCCUCCUAAUUGUAGUGCUGGGCCUAAAGGAGAUAACAUUUAUGAGUGGAGAUCAACUAUACUUGGUCCACCAGGUUCUGUAUAUGAAGGUGGUGUGUUUUUUCUGGAUAUCACAUUUUCAUCAGAUUAUCCAUUUAAACCACCAAAGGUUACUUUCCGCACCAGAAUCUAUCACUGCAACAUCAACAGUCAGGGAGUCAUCUGUUUGGACAUCCUUAAAGACAACUGGAGUCCUGCUUUGACUAUUUCAAAGGUUUUGCUGUCUAUUUGUUCCCUUUUGACAGACUGCAACCCUGCGGAUCCUCUGGUUGGAAGCAUAGCCACUCAGUAUUUGACCAACAGAGCAGAACAUGACAGGAUAGCCAGACAGUGGACCAAGAGAUACGCAACAUAAUUCACAUAAUUUGUAUGCAGUGUGAAGGAGCAGAAGGCAUCUUCUCACUGUGCUGCAAAUCUUUAUAGCCUUUACAAUACGGACUUCUGUGUAUAUGUUAUACUGAUUCUACUCUCUGCUUUUAUCCUUUGGAGACUGGGAGACUCCCCAAAAAGGUAAAUGCUCUCAAGAGUAGAACUUUGUAGCUGUAGAUUAGUUAUGUUUAAAAUGCCUACUUGCAAGUCUUGCUUCUUUGGGAUAUCAAAAUGUAUUUUGUGAUGUACUAAGGAUACUGGUCCUGAAGUCUACCAAAUAUUAUAGUGCAUUUUAGCCUAAUUCAUUAUCUGUAUGAAGUUAUAAAAGUAGCUGUAGAUGACUAGGAAUUAUGUCAUUUGUAUUAAACCCAGAUCUAUUUCUGAGUAUGUGGUUCAUGCUGUUGUGAAAAAUGUUUUACCUUUUACCUUUGUCAGUUUGUAAUGAGAGGAUUUCCUUUUACCCUUUGUAGCUCAGAGAGCACCUGAUGUAUCAUCUCAAACACAAUAAACAUGCUCCUGAAGGCAUAGUUUCUUGUCGUAAUAUUUUUAGUCAGUCUUGUUAGAAGGUGUGUCAGAGAUGAUUGUUGGUGAAAUAAAAAUGUGGGUAUGAAGAUUGACUACUAAGGACUAGUAAAAAUAAGUGAAUUAU